UUAGAUUUAAAUAGCUUACUCCAAUUUCUUCUUUAUAUGAAAACAACCGCUCUAUCCCAAAAUUGCAUUCAUAGAAGUUAUAGAACAGAAAGAAGAAACAGGAGUUGGCGUACCCCAAACGCUCAACCCUCCCACGUCACACCCUCUCCACCAAUUUCACGGCAAUGGUUCCACACUUUCUCAGCCCAGUCUCCCUCUACGGCAUAUACCUCCGCCGCGCUUUCACCGCCUCCGGCCUCUCAUCACAGAGCAUCGACGUGGACAGCGAAACCACCAUCCAUUUCUGGGGUCCCACCCAAACCACACAAAAACCCUCGCUUGUUCUAAUCCACGGCUUCGGUCCCAUAGCACUCUGGCAGUGGCGCCAGCAGGUCCAGUUCUUCUCCCCUCACUUCAACGUCUACGUCCCUGACCUCGUCUUCUUCGGCGGCUCCACCACCAGGUCGUCGGAGAGAGCCGAGACCUUUCAGGCGGCUUCGGUCGGAAAACUGCUCGAGAUCUUGGGAGUGAAAAGAUAUUACGUGGUGGGAACGAGCUACGGCGGCAUUGUGGCCUACCACGUGGCGAGGAUGUGGCCGGAGAGAGUUGAAAAGGCGGUCAUCGCGAGCUCCGGGGUUAAUAUGAGACGGAGAGAUAACGAGGCGUUGAUGAAGAGAGCAAAGUUGGAGAAGAUUGAGGAGCUUAUGUUGCCCGUCACGGCGAGUCAGUUACGGACGUUGAUGGGUUUGUCCGUUUCCAUGCGUUUCAACAUCGUUCCCGACUUUUUUCUCAACGACUUGGUGCAGAAAUUGUACUCAGAAAACAGGAAGGAAAAGAUUGAACUUUUGAAGGGACUAACCCUUGGGAGAGAUGACACACCAAACGUGCAUCCUCUUAAGCAGGAGGUCUUGAUAGUAUGGGGAGACCGUGACCAGAUAUUUCCCUUAGAGAUGGCUACCGAACUCAAGGAGCUUCUUGGGGAGAAGGCAAGAUUAGAAGUGAUAAAGAACACGUCACAUGUUCCCCAGAUUGAAUGCUCUGGACAGUUCAACAACAUUGUCGAAAAUUUCUUAAGUGGGUCCUCGUGAUUGUUUUAUUAUAUAUUUAACGUAAUCAUGUUGGAUUUAACGUAGCUAGACACCAAACAUUCUUAAUUUUGUGCGUGCUUCAUGUAUUCUCGAUCUGCAUAGAUCUAUGUAUGUGGUUGUCAUUAUUUUAUAUUAGUUGAUUUAA